AGCACACGGAUGGCAGAGAGGGAGAGAUGAUGCGAUGAUGCGAUGAUGCAAGCGGGGUGAAGCAUCUCGCCCCUGCCUGCUCUCAUUCUCAUGCUCCGCCCCGCUUUUCGCUGCUAAAUCCUUGCGCCUCCACUGUGUGCUCCCCUGGUCUUGAAUACGGGUUUAGUGGGUGGGUUCCUUCACACUGCUUUCCACGCCCCACUCUGUUUCAUCGACCGAGAGUUGUGUGGCACUUCACUGCAGCAGCUCUUUGCGUGGUCCUGUUUCCCUCGGCGUCCACAGAGGUUUGUGGGUGCAGAAGUUGGCAGAUAUGGCGAAGGAAGGGGCGAGGCAUUUGGUGAGCAACAUUGGCGGAGUUUUGCCGAAACAUGAGGUCCUCAAGUCGACUGAAGAGUACGAGAAGUAUCAUGCUAUGCACGGAGGCGACAAAGAAGCAAGAAAGAGCAAUUACACUGACAUGGUGAACAAGUACUACGACCUUGUUAACAGCUUCUACGAGUAUGGGUGGGGAGAGUCUUACCACUUUGCCAACAGAUGGCGCGGGGAAACGCUUCGUGAAAGCAUUAAACGACACGAGCAUUUUCUGGCUUUGCAUCUUCAUUUGAAACCAGGAAUGAAGGUGUUGGAUGUCGGGUGUGGAAUUGGUGGUCCUGCUCGUGGAAUCGCGGCAUUUAGUGGAGCCUCAGUGACUGGUCUAAACAACAAUGACACUCAAAUUGCGCGUGGCAAGGUUUUGACUGAGAAAGCUGGGCUGAGUCAUCUUGUUGACUACAUGAAGGCCGAUUUUAUGAAGAUACCGGUUGCGGACAACACGUAUGAUGCCGUUUACACCAUUGAGGCUUCCUGUCACGCUCCCGAUCCAGUGGCGUGUUAUUCAGAGAUUCGGAGAGUUCUGAAACCUGGGCAACUCUUUGCUGGUUACGAGUGGUGCAUAACUGACGCGUAUAAUCCUGGAAACAAGGAUCACAAACGCAUCAAGGAAGAGAUUGAACUCGGAAAUGGUCUUCCUGACAUUCGGUCCACACGUCAGGUUCUUCAAGCCCUGAAAGACGCAGGAUUUGAGAUUCUCAUGGAAGAGGAUUUGGCAAAACAUUCGCAAGUGCCGUGGUAUCAGCCUUUGGAUCCCAACCAUUUCUCACUUUCCACUCUUCGGCUUACCCCGAUCGGGCGGUUCUUCACUCAUAACAUGGUGCGUGUGUUGGAAGCUUUGAAAAUCGCUCCGGAGGGGAGCGCCAGAGUAAGCACUUUCUUGGAGCAGGGGAUGUUCGGACUUGUGGACGGUGGUCGAAUGGAAGUCUUCACGCCCAUGUACUACUUUUUGGUGCGGAAACCCUUAGAGUCGAGUUAGUGGAGACAGAAAAUUAGGAACAGGAAAUGAUGCAAAUUUAUGGAUGAUUGAAGCAUGUAGCUUAAUAUGGAUGGAUCACAAUGGAAGUCCAAGAUUGGAUGUCAAGGUUUAUCAUGUCAUAGUUAGUCGAUUAGACAUCGGCGGGUGAGCUUGGAUUCAGAAUUUCGAAUUAGCAGUGAAAGUGCAUCCGUUGGUGCAAAAUCGGGCGUUUGACUAGUUUGUGAAAGGGACCGUUGUGAUCACAUUGCCCAACAGCAUUCUUCAGGUGUAGGAUAUGUUGGGAUGCAAGCGUGCUGCAGAAUGGGCUAUUUGAGCUACCGCACAGGCACGGUCUGAUAUUGAUCUAUAGAAAGGAACACAUGUUUUUACAACAGUAGCGUUCACAUCUGUAAUGCUGCAUGGACUUGGAAUUAGUUGAGUUGUUGCGGCAAUUUCCACCUA